ACACUAGCAUCAGCUGGCUUUUGUGAGAAGAAGGAAGAGGUAGUGCUUAGAGGAGCUGCCUACGAGAAACGUCGGGGAAGUAUGAAACUCUUGCACUAAGGAGACAAUAAUAUGGAGCCUUUGUGCUAUAAUGACAACAGUUAUUGGCCAUUCCUCCAGCCUAUUUGGGCUCCUUCAAGUGGUAGCACUGCUCUCUAAGCAUGUUAGAUACUGCCCCUGAUUUGGUGUUGUGCACUAAUUCACUGUUUGUAAGCUUUGUCACACCAUUCAGGAUGUUAUUAAGGGCACCACAGAGUACUGAUCCUCAAGAGAUGCCACUAGAGUCCACUGGUUAUCACCUGGGCUUUGUACUGCUGACUGAUGUUGAGUGUGGUGAUCCAGACAGCUUCCAACCCACCUCAUUGUUCAUGAGCCCAGGAAGCCGUGUCCCCUGCUAUGAUGCCAGGGCAGAUCCCCGACCCGUCGCUGACGGCCGGAGCGCUGCCUGGGCUGGGCCCGCUCACAGGGCUGCCGGGCGCGGCCCUGACCGCCGAGGAGCUCAAGUGCGCCGACAUCCGCAACAUCGGCGCCAUGAUCUCGCCGCUCCAGUUCUUGGAGGUGAAGCUUGGCAAGAGACCCCAGCCUGUCAAAAGUGAGCUGGAUGAGGAAGAAGAGAGGAGGAAAAGGCGCCGGGAGAAAAACAAAGUAGCGGCAGCACGAUGUCGUAACAAGAAGAAGGAGAGGACGGAGUUCCUGCAGCGGGAGUCUGAGCGUCUAGAGCUCAUGAAUGCUGAGCUGAAGGCCCAGAUAGAAGAGCUGAAACAGGAGAGGCAGCAGCUCAUCCUGAUGCUGAACCGGCACCGUCCCACCUGCAUCGUGCGGACAGACAGCAUCAAGACGCCCGAGAGCGAAGCCAACCCACUGCUGGAGCAGCUAGAGAAGAAGUGAAGGUGGCACAGGGCCACGAGGAGGAGACAGUGGCACAGGGUCUUCCAGGGUCUCUAAUGUAUGUACUGUAUGAAGAACUGUGCACCCAGGCCUGGUGCAGCCAGGACCCAGUGGGCUUCCUUGGGAACUAUGGACCAAACAUGGGAACAGAGAAGAUCAGGAACCUGCCAACCAUGUACUCUGAGGCUGAACCUGGGAGCAGGGCUGGUGGUGCCAGCGAGGGCAGCCUCCCUGUGAUACAUCAUCACAGCCCUUCAGCCUGCUCUCAGCCCUGGGACCCACAAAGCCACAGCGUGUCCUGCAAGGAGCAGGCAGCCCAUGGGUAGCAGGGGCUGAGGAGUGGCAGCUGGGCAGUGCCCACCAGCGCCCUGCCCAGAGGCUGCUGCUGCUCCUGGCACGCUCCAGAGGAAAACCCAAACCCAAGAACCACAAACACUUGAUGCAGCCCCAUCUGGUGGGCAGGCCUGUCGGGGCUCGGUGGCGCAGGCGCCCCCCACAAGCACACUCAGUAUAAUGUUUACAGCCCAGCUGUCCGUGUCGGCCGUGCUUUUGAAUGCACAUUUUUACACUUUUUUAAAGUAUUUUUUACAAAGUUUUUAUACAGUGAUCUCUAUAUGGAUUUAUAUAAUCACUAGAUGUGAUCCCAUAGAAAUGUAUGUUAUAAUGGUCUGUUUGUUACAAACACAUAUGCCACAGUUAUCUCCAUUGUGUUACUUGUCUGGUAGCAUCCAGCUCCUUUCCUGGCAUGCUGGGAAGGGGGUGCAAGCUGCCCUCUGCAGUGGUGUCGCUGCCCUCUCCAUCCAUGUAUGUCCUUCAUAAUACUCAGUUCUGUAUCUCUCAGUAAAUGUUACCUUUGCGUACGCUGUCCUCCUGUGGCUCUGUUUGGCUCAGCACUGCUGCAGCAGUGUGGUCCUGGCUGAGUGGCACAGUGGAGCAGAUCCCAGAGCUCUUGUGAUGAUUGUGUUAGCAGCUGUGGGCCAGGAGAAUUCACCCUAGAAGGCUGGCAACCUUGGAGGCAGCUCUGACUAUUGUCAAGCAAGAAGUGGCUCAGUGCUGCACCAAAGAGGGUAGGUAGGCAUGGCUUGCCACUUGGAAAAGUGGAGGGAGACCAUGUCAUCCUUAACUGGUCCUUUGUGUUUCAGUCCCAAAUACAGCAAUUUGAAUUCAUUUCAGGGAUGAGAAAGAGACAGGGGAGCUGUCACGAUGUCCUUGUGCUGUAGUUCCCUUUAUGUGCCUUUGUGCUUCCUUCUGCCCAGAUUGUGGAGUUCAUGGCAAAGAUCUGACCCAUUCCUCAGCUGCUGUCAGGAGCCAAUCUUCAUUCUUUGAAAAAUGUGAUACCUCUGCCUUUCAUUAAGCUCUGCUGAAAAGAUGGGCCUCCUUGUCUUUUCUCUUUAUUUCCCUCUGCAAAGUGUACAUGGUAAUAAUUUCCCUCUUUGGUGGUCAGUGGGAGCUCCUUGGGGGUACCAGAUGAUCCAGGCAUCUUGUCCACAGGCAUCUUGUAAUUUUUGCUCACCUGCAUAGCCUGUGUGCUCAUCUCCACUCCACUGGCAGUGCUGUGGGUGCAGGUGAUGGCCUUUCUCUGAUGAAUAGCCACAUUGCAGUAAAAAUUUCUUCUAUGGAAACAGCUGGCUUGGAAGAGAAAUAAAAGGUGCCAUUUGAAACCCAGCAUGCUAGAAGCAGCUAGCAAAGGUAGCAGCAGAAGAGUGAUGUAUUUACAUCAGUUUAAUGCUCAGAUAUUCCAGCCAAGGCUUGGAACUGAAUCCUAGCAAAGCCCAGGGUUGGAAUGAGAUUAUCUUUAUGGUCCUUCCUAACCCAGUCCACUCCCUGAUUCUGCCACCCAAACAACCUUCUGCUUUAUUGCAGUCAGUACCAAGGCGUUUGACACUCAAAGUUUAGGGCAUUUAUUUUUCAUGUAACUUGUUUGGGCUGUAAAACAAUAAAGUUAAAGCAGAGGGUUUGGGCCUCUUCCCCUUUAUGCCACA